AUGAAAAAAUUAAUCGAAAAGAAUGUUAUAAAAAUAAAUUACCACAACUUUUUAAAUAAAUACAGAACACACACGGGGUGUGAAAGGGAUGCAACGGACAGAGAACUGUACGAACACUUCAUCGUAAAUCCGCUUACUUAUUCCGGACCGAGGGGAUGCUUGCCAGAAGGGUUCAGCCGCUGGAAUGAACUCCAACAACUGGAUGGAUUAAACAUUUUUGAAAUUGUUGAUUAUGUCAAUGUGGGGGAGCGGCUGUACAAGUAUGAUGAGGACGACGGGGGGGAAGAUGACGAAGGGCAGGACUCCCCCAACGGUUCAGAAGACUGUGGGGACUCGCCAUAUGAUGAUCCCUCUGAUGGUAGCAGGAUCAGUCGAUUUGACAAAUUGAAGAGGAAAAGCGAAAAAAAUGACAAAAAAAAGACAACAAAUAGGAUGAACAAGAAUUACCUGUCCAACAAGGGGAAUCCAGAAAGGAGAAGAAUUUUUCGGUUUCUACUCUUUGAUGGGAAUAAUUUUAUUUAUGCCUAUGAGAAGGAGUACAACGAGAAUUUUAACUACCUAGAAAAGUGUACUUACAAGUACCCCAAAAUUAUUUUGUAUAACAAACCCGCCAUUCAACGUGGGACUUUAUUGUUAAAAAAAAGUCAGGUGAUUAUUUUAUUUAAGGGGUGCAAAGUAUCUGAAACAGGUGGUGCCCCUUUGGAGGAUGACCAGCUGGAUGAAGUGACCUCCACCACAGGGACCCCCUUCCAUGUGGAGAACAACCAAGAUUACCAAGCCUCCCUAAGAAAGAGAGAAAACCCUAAUAUUAUCAAUUUAACGGAUGGUCCAAUAAAUUACGCUUAUAGGGAGGACAGAAUUGGGAUGGGCGAAAAAAUCCAGUUCAGGGAAAACCAGAAUGAUGACACCCCCAGGAAAUUCUACUACGUAGAAGACACGACAAAAAAUGAUUUCCAAUUUAACAAUGGGUAUGUCAACAGGGUGAAUCAUCCCAACGUGGAGGACAGAAGUAAUUCCAACAUAUGUAACAGAAUUAAUCAGCACAGUUUUGAUGCACUUAACCAGGAGUAUCCCCAUAACAAAGGGGAACAUACAUGGGAAAGGCGUACUAAUGUGCACAGUGAAGGAACGGAAUAUAUAGGCGGGUUGAGUAGCAACCCGAAUGGAUACUACAACCGCAACCGUACGUGGAGCCAUCUUCAAGGUUUGGAAAAGAUUAACGGGGAGAAUUUUAACAUGGGUCAUGGUAACUACUGGGGGAGACACCAAAGUGAACACACCACCGGUAUGCACGGCAUGCACACAAUGCAGAGCAGGAACGACUACGAAAGAGAGAGAAGCUACUUCUGCGAUAAGGAUAAUUAUCGGCAAUACACCACAAAUGGUUAUGACAAUUAUGCGAAAAACUCUGGCGAGGGUUAUACAAGGAUGAGCGAAUAUAACGAUAAAAAUGAGGGGCCCACUUAUUGGUCAAAAGAAGCGGAGUACAAACAUCUCAGCAAUGAACUGAAAGACACAGGAUAUCAAAGAUUCAGUGAUGCUGUAGGGGGAGAGUGGAGUGGCCACCUCAAACAUGGAAGCAAUACAAAUAAUGGAUAUAACAGCCAGUUUAGCAGCCAACAUGGCAACUUUGGGCGCAAGGAUCAUUAUCCCAUGGGUACAGAUGAUUGGGAAAAGAAGAACGGAUUAAAGGCGUAUACAAAGAGAGAGAGCGAAAACCGGAUGAUGGGUAACCGGUUCACAGAAACGCAUUCGCCAAGUCGUGAAAACCAAAUAGGUGAAGCGCUGCAAAAUGUAGAGCGCACACAUUUUGAGGCGAAAGACCCGGAGGGAAAGAACUUUUGUGAUCUGAAAAGCGGAGAAAAUUUCGCCAAAACAGAUCAACGCUGCGAUGCCAUAAGCAAAAAAAAUGGCAACGAAUUGAUCGAUUUGACGGAAGGUUUUUUUCAGUCCGAUUUUUUUCACAACAUGCAUGAAUUGGACAGCGUGAAUAAAGGUAGCGAGGUUAUUAUUCUCGAUGAAUGA